GUGGUAGCUGGUCUCUGACUGUCGAACGCGGAGGUACCACCCGGUGGUUCUCGUAGGCGGAGCCAGAAUGUGUGCAUGUUGGAUGCACACGUGAUCCCUCGUCAGAGUCUCUGUGGCGUCCCCCCCUUUCCCAUGAAUUCCCCUAUAGCCCCAUGGUACCCAAUGGGUGCUUAGGCCUUAGGCCUUCGUGGUAGUUGGAGUAUAAAAAAAAUACUUUGUACAUCACAUCUGUGAUU